AUCACGUCACAUGGCAACUGCAUCUCCGUCGACGCGAGUGAGGAACGGCAGCUUUGGUUGCCAAAAAAACAAUUUCACAAGAGGCGUGCGUGAUAUCAGUAAGCCGUAAUAUCAAUCCACAAGACUGACAAGCGCCAGGAGCACAGACGUCUAUGGUUUCUUAAGUGUGUGGCCGGGAGUCUUGAAGAGGAGGCCACCCGGUAAUGAGAGAGAGAGAAAGAGGAGCCACUUAUCUUUUGUUGUGAAAGAGAAGCGCACGGAUGAGCGAAAGGUGAGAGUGCUGUAAUUAAUCGCACACCCGCAGCUCUCGGAACUCGACUACAGACGCCAUUUGCGCCAGGCCUUGUCUUAGGAGAGUCUACGACUUGACUUGUCCAAAAGUGAAGAGUCUCAGCAAAAUUGCCAGCCCACCCCCAGACCGUGCGUGUGUGUUUGUCCCCAGCCCAGGCACCUCCACCGCCGCCGAGGGGCGGCCAGCCAGCCAGCAGUCCAGCACAGCAGGACAGAGCAGCCAGGAGUCGGGCGACACUACCUUUGCUGCCGCCGCCGCCGCCUCUGGCUCUGAAAGGGCCCUCAAACGUGCGAGCACCAUGCCUCCCACGGCAGAAAACCUUAGCAACCCGACCAAAGCGGUCCUGGCGUCGCAGUGGCACCACCAACACCAGCAGCAGCAACAGCAGCAGCAGGCACACGCCGAGGAGCACGUCGCGCUUUCAUCCGCAUCCAAUCACGUCACUUCCUCUCCCCCACAAAGGGGGCGAGCGGCCUCCACGGCGACUUCGCCGCAGGUCCCUCUGAGCGGAGAAGCCGGGAGGAGUUGGCCGGAGGCAGUGGACAAGGGGAAAAAGCUUCCAAGAUGAACACCUCGUCGGGAUCCUCGACCUCGACGACCAUGCUGGAAAGCUUCACCAGCGACUCGUCCGUGGCCUCGGAGUUUUUCCGCAAGGAGCCGUGCAUCUACACGCACCGUAUGUUCCAGAGGGCGGCGCAGAUCUUUGCCUCGCUGCGUCACAACAGUGACAGCGACCAUAGUUCCCCCGUGCGGAGGAAGCUGGUCAGCGUGAAGGAGCCUGCUUCCCGACCUGUCCCUCCCAUGGACUUCACCGACACCACAGAGAAGAAGCUGACCUACGAACUGGCUUUCGCUACUCUCAAAUUUCAAGGCGUGUUCGAGGAUGUCCUUGAAGACAGCAUGUUCUUUGCACAUCACCCUGAGCUGCAAGAUGACUCAGCCUUGGUCAUGGUAGUGCUGUGGGACUUCCAGUCACGCAAAUUUCAGCCACGUGUUCCUGUUGGGGAUGAGACUUUAGAUCCAGCAGUUGUGCAGAUUGAGAAUGCCAUCCUGGGAAUGAAGACCAAGCUCAAUGCCACACUAGCUCGUAGGCGCAUCAAGGCCUCUGCACCAUCCAUCGAGUACCUUCUUCCAGAUAUUGUGCGUGCCAAGAGUUCCUCGCAGAAACCAAUACCUGUCUAUGCCUGGGUCAACCAGCUCAAGAUAAAUGCUGCUGAGCUGUUGGAACAACUCAAAGAUGAGGGCUUCAGGCAAUUAACGUAUAUACCUGAGGAUGGGGAACUGUUUGAAGGAAAAACAUUCUUUGUCGAUCCAAACUGCAGUGACACAUUGGUGUUCUCCGUGGACUGUUCCUUACUACUUCAAGAGCAUGAUCUUGUGACAGAAGGAUUCCUUGUGAGACAGGACAAAUCAACAUGUAUGGCUGCUCACUCAGUUUUGCCCCUGCUGUUGGAAAAUCAUGACGUCAUAAUCACAAAUCCUGGUACAGGCUUGGUGGUAGCACAUUUGGUAUCUCUAAUACACGAUCAAGAGGGAUUUAUCAUUGCAGUCGGUGGUGCUAGUUCCAGCACCCAAACGACCAUGCAGGACAACUUAGACUUUUUGGGUGCUUCCAAAGCUGUAAAGAUUAUUCCACAAGACAUUACAGAGCUGGAACUAGAUGAUGUACGGCUGAAGAAUGCUCGUGUGGCCGUGGUGAUUGCUGACUGUACAAAGUCUGCAAUUAACAAUGCAGUGUCAUUUAUUGUUACUGAAGGUGAAGAUCUUAAGAUCCUGAAGCACAUAACAAGUGUUGAGCAAGAUUCAAAUCAUCUCAGUCACCUGAUGACCAAACACACCAACCAGUUGCGGCACACCCUCCGUUUGCCCAAGAUCCAGGCUGUAGUCUACUUAACGCGCUCCGUGCAUCAGGAAGAGAAUGAGGUGGUGGUUGAGAAGGCUCUGGAGUUUGUCAACAUGGUACAGAUCCAGAAAAAGAUGCCAUGGAAGGUCAUCCCACCUGUUAUUCCUUUUUUGGGUGAUGACAUAACUAAUCAAAAGGGAAUUAUUGGCAAAUAUAUCAAGUUUCCUCCUAGCUCAAUGACGAAUGGCUGUUUCUUGGUAGCCAUUGCGAGGGAGCCUCAGUCAGCAUCAGAUAUAGUAGCACGUGCAAGAGCAAAAGGACUCAUCAGCAAGAACUCAAAACUUCGAACCAGCCAAAGUCAGUCAAUCAAGCUGGAGAGUGAGAAUGAUUCCUCAAAGGGAGAGGAGUCACAUUCUUCUGUCCCACCUCGCAGGAACCACAUUAAGCCUUCUAAGAAAAGAAACAAGUCCCAAACAGCCUCCCUGCCCCAAGCGACAUCCUGUCCAUCCAGUGCCAAGCCUUCACGUCAAAGAGUUCCUCCAGCCACCCACCUUAGCCAUGCAAGCUCCUCCAAAGAAACCAAAGACCACUUACCAGAGCACCUCAAGGUAGUGAAGCACCCUGCACCUUUCAGAUGAAUUCCAAGUGUUUGCACCGGGUCCCUUGUUCACACUGUCUUGUGUCCAAAUCCUCGUCACUGCAUGGAUCCUAAAUGGUACCUUUGUAGCAGUCAUUUCAUUGGGCAUUUCUUUCCUGUUCUCUUCCGUAAAGAAAUGUAUGAACGCCAUGUUAAAGGUGCUAAGUGAAGGACUGCUUAUAGAAAAAAAUGUAAGGAAAAUAUAGAAAGGAGAGGAAAACAACAGGGUGAACAGGUGUAGUCAAUUAAAAUGAAAACAGAGAAACAAUGUGGCAGUAAGUGUUGUCACUUACUGAGUAUCAAAGCUUUUCCUCUACACUUUGAAAGAUGUCCCAAGUAGAGUGCACAUCUUGAAACACUAUUCUCUUGCACAGCAGCAACUAAACCAUUUUGUCACACCUUUUCUUUUUCUCACCACAACCCCAAUCCCCCUGCAUGAAAACUAGAAGUGCAUUGAGGCAUGGCUAUCUUUUUUCUUUAAAAGUCAAGAUGGUGAGACAAAUUUAUACAUAAAGAUUCAGUGUACAGCUGUAGAUUAGUCAAUAUAAAUGAAGAAAAAGUUCUGAGUAUUAUUAUCAUGAUUGUGUAACAAUAGUAGGUCAGUUCCAGACAACUGUGGGACAAUGUAUUGCAGCAAAGCUCUUGUGAACCUUUUUAUGUUGUAUGAAAUUCUUUGCUUUAUAGGUCUGAUCAAGACACUGAUUCAAAUAAAUAUGUUCUGAUGUUAGUUCCAAUGAUGCAGAAAAUAUAAAUCAUGUUAUGAGUGAAAAGUGUUUUUAACAAAGCUGGGGAAUUUCAAGGUGAUCCUGAAAAAGUAAAGUAAAACAUAUAAUACCACUGAACAUAUUAAAAGGGGUAACAGUUAAGCACUUGUCAGCACUUCCCUGAAAAGUUGGUUUAGAUUUCAACUUAGGAACACUUUUCUGCGUGUGCAAACAAUGUCAGCAGUGUUGCUAUAAUAUAACCUUAGUUGCCAUUUAGGCAAAAUGUAAAGCUUCUACCUCACUAGGUAUUUUCAAGUGGCUGACCGAUAUGGUGCUUUUUUGGGGUAUUGGGGAAAUAGGGAUGAAAAUAUGGCCCAUGUAAUGCACACUGGUAGAGACUGUUUGACAUUUGGAAUGUGUUUUUUUGAUUGUAUGAUUUUCAUAACCGUCAAAAUAUCUACACUUUCAAACCUGUCUUUUUUUAACAUGAAAUUGACAAAACAGAAUAAUAAUAAAUUAAGAGGUAAAGCUGCAGAUCAAAACCAUGUUCUGUAUUUGAAAUAUACAAAUAUGUGGAAUAGUUGUCAUUAAAUUUUAAAAAAUCUGAAACACCUUUAAUUAAUGCUAGUUUUUAGUGUAUUUAAGUGUUUAGUUUCUCUUUAUGGGAAAAGAAAAUUGUAGAUGUACAGCUGCAGUUGAGCACUUUAGUAUUCUCUUAUUAAAUGUUUCUUUUCAAUAAGUCAAGACUUCUUUCAAAGAAAAAUAUGGCCAUAGCAGGGAAGGAGUUAAAAAUCAUUGCAUCUCCCCACCCCAUUCACAGCAUGAAGAAUUUAUGAAAUGCAAAUAAAGAUUCUUUUGUAAUUUGUGAUGUUUUCACUGAUCACACUUAUGCUUGAUGACAUUGACUUGCUUGCACCUACAUUUACUUAUAUAUUUUUAUUGUCCUUCUUAACCAGAGAAAAGUGGAGGAAUAUUUUACCAAGUUUUAAAUUUGUUUUUAUUUGACCAUCAUAUACAAAUGUUUGUUCACGUUUGGUUAGGAAAGAUUUUAGGCAAAUGAUGUUAUGUAUUUAUGUGAUCUUCACAAAAAAUUAAAUCUUGCUGGCCACAAGCAUUAUGUGAUAAAAGAGCAAUGUGUACAAUCAGCUACGGGGACUGACCUUAGCAUAUUUGACAAGGACUGGCCUUACAUUCUUAUGGGCAUUUGCAAGUUUCAGCCAUUUUUGUAAAGUUUAGCUCUCCUUCCGUUUCAUUGUUUUGGAUGUAUGUGUAUUGACAUGCAAACAUCCAUGGUUUUUCAAACACACCUGUUAAAAUAAAAAAAAAACUGUGUUUUUAGAAGACUUUAUGUGAUGUCCUUCAUAUGACUAUGUGCACCUUAUCUUUCUGUGUUCAAUAUAUUAGCUGAAAAACAAGGCUUAUAACUAAACUAUUUUUUAUGU